AUGACUGCGUCUUCGUCUUCGCGUACAGUGGGCGGCAAGAUAAAAGGCUUGAAUAAAGAUGGAACGAUGCGUGAGAAGGGUUCGGGGGGUGCCAACAACACAGGAAAGGGCAAGCAUCAAUUGGAUGCAAAGAAGAAAAGUAAAAGCCAGUUGAAAGUAAGUGAUAUGCUAGAUCAUCACCCUGAUAGUAUAACACAAAAUAACGUGGAUGGUGGUGUAAAUAUGGUGUCGUGAGCGGUACCGAAAACGCUGAUACGGUAGCAGAAGAGGGCAAAGCGGACGAUGUUGAAGCUCACUACCCACAGCAGUCCUUGCUAAGUAUAGCAACGCCAGUUGCACCCGAAGUUGCAGAAGUGAAUGAGCCCAAAAUUUCAGCAGACAGCACUUUGCACACGGACUGCAAUAUGGACAUAGGCACUGACGGAAUCGGCGCUGGCGGUGUUAAUAAUGAUAAUGAAGAUAUAUACUAAUGUAAGAAUAUAACAAACUGCAGGCACCGCAAAUAAUGGGCGUUUAC